GUACCUCACCAUAUUGUCAAUGUCAUGGGAACCUGUAAUGACGUAAAUUACACUGAUUUCUCUUUCAACGAUUAUGGGGCUAGUGCUAUAUAUAAAUAAACAUUUCGUUUUAUUGUUAUGUUUGACGAUUCUGCUAUGCCUUCACAUUCGUUUACAACACUGAAUGGAAACAGAAUAAUAACAUACAUUGAAACAUUGUUAAUCCAUUCGAUAUGGACAGAUUAGCUACCAGUUCAACAUCCGCAUCUGAAGAACUUGUUCUUGACUGUCAUUGGACUGUUUUGGACUAUAAAUACUCUGGUCUGAGUGAACCUAAGCAUCAGUCAACGCACUUCAAACGUUCGUCAAACAACCAACAAACCAAAAAACCUCAACUCAAAAUGAAAUUCCUCAUCUGCUUCGCUCUCUUUGUUGCCGUGGCCCAGGCUCAUGUGGUGGCUCCAGUGACCACUUAUGCCGCUGCUGCUCCAGCUUUGACCUAUGCCGCUGCUGCUCCAGUUACCACUUAUGCUGCUGCUGCCUAUCCCCGUGCCUACUCAGCCUAUGCUCCUUCGGUCUACUCUGCCUCCUAUGUUGCUCCUUCGGUCUACUCCUCAUUUGCUUCACCUCUGACCACCUAUGCUGCUGCUCCCGUUGUCUCUCUGCUGAAGAAGUAAAUCCAUAAGAAAAAUCAUCCAAAUCAUGUAUCAAAUUGCCAGAGCGUUAAAAAUAAAUUUAUGAAAUGAA